AAGUCUGCACAAUGAUGUUCCCUCUUAUCUACUUGCUUCUUCUCCAAGCCGCUUCUCUAACCCUCGGCGCUCCGCAACAGGCCCUAUCACUUCCUGGACGGAAAAUGCCUAUCCUCGACGCCGAGCUCAACGGAGACGGCGAAGAGAGGCUCAGAGAGAUUCUUGACCGGCCCUACAGCACGCGACACCGCGACGGCAGCGACAGUAACAAACCCUUCAAGGACAUUCGCUUCUCCGAGAGCGAGGGAAGAGCACGGUGGACGCGGGCUAGUGUGGUUAGCAUAGAAGCGUCACGAUCGGGUGUCGAGGGACAUAUCCUAGAUGGGGUAUCAGUUCAGAGACAUGGGGUUGAAGACGAUUCUGAGGGUAGGAUGGAGCGCGGGGCCGAUGAGGUGGCCAGGAGAGUCUAUGGGCAAAGCACGUUGGAGGACGCGGAUGCCUACUCCAGUUACGAAGGUGGCUCCGAGGGUUGGAAGAGAUCUAUGCCCUUUGCUGAGCAAACAAACAUCACUACCAAAGAAAACAUUCACCAGCACCCGGCUGACCUCCUCGACGCCCUCGAUCGCAGCAGCGCAAGUCCACUAGCAUGGGACAUCCCCACUUCCCAAGCACCUCCCUCCUCUCUCCAAGAACGUGGAACCACAGACUGGACCUGCAACCGCAUCGGCCAGAAGAACAUCAAAAAAGCGCUAGCCAUGUACGACGUCUUCAACAAGGUCUUCGGCGCCCAGUCGCGGGUGGGCAAGACGAACCAGUGUUAUGUAGCAGAGUGCCAGGACUAG